GGGAGGUCGGAGGUCGAAGGAGUGACGUAUGGCGAGACAGGGACGUCCUGGGGGACGGAGCGCGAGCUGGAGGAGACAGUGCGGCUGCUUCUGGGGGAAUGGAAGGGGGCUCUAAGAGCUUGACGGCUGAACCAUGGGAUCCGCGUCGUGCGGUGGAUUCUGGCAACGGAGCGCUGAUGCUGGUGUUACGAGCUGGAGCUGACGGCGCGGAAGGUCGGGUCGCUUGCCUGCGGCGGCAGAGGUAGAGGGUCGGACGGGCCCCCGGAAGGUUGGACUGCGGGAGCCGGGAUCGGAGACGGAAACGGAGCCGGAGUUGGUGUGGAAUGUCGUAAGCGACGCCCUGGAAGAGGCCUGGGACGGUGCGGGCCCCGAGCGUUGAGGAGCACCAUCAUGAUCGUGACGAGGGGGGUUCUUGGUAGGUCCGCCGAUUGACAUACGGCGACGCCGCUUGGUAUGAUCUGCGAGAGGCGUGGAUGGACGAUCCGGGCCGGGUUGCGGGGUGUGGCAGACGACUGGUGAAAUACCUCACAACGGAAUCACCGCUGUGUCAUUUUGCGACACAAGGCAGUCAUGAAGGGUCGAGGCCGUCGGGGUUAUUUGGCAGGAUCGGUAGGGAGCCAGCUCUCUGGCGGGCGUUGUCUAUAGCGAGGGGACGGUAAGAGCGCGUGUGCUGUCAAACAAGAUGUGGGGGAUUGGUAGAGCCGAAGUGGGCUGGUGAAUGAAGUGAUGAGGCUGACGGCUGGCGUGUGGGCGGUGAAGAAGGACGGAGGACAUGUUCGGGACCGACCAUGGUAUUCGUUGACUUGACGCUGAGGACACAGUCGGCGGCGUAAGUUGAAGAUAGUCGAGCGAUAUAUGGGAUCGGCAAGAAGUACAGAUACGCAUAGUAUGAUUUGAGGUGUUCAAAGGUCACACGAGCGGGGACGGGUAGAGGUAAGCACGAGUGACGGUAGGACGAUGGGACGGGGAAAUGUCGGUUAGGAAAGGGGAAGAGAUUUGCGGGCGGAAAUUGAGAGUAUGAUGAUGUGGGUGAGCGCGAGGCAAUGAUGUGGGAGGGUGAGGGACAGGUGGAGGUGGGUCCCGCGAACGUUGGCAGGUCACCGCCGGCCCGGGCUCACGCACACGGCGCACGCGAGCGGCAGUCGCCGGUGGCCCAGGGUGCAGAGGCCGGAAUAGGCAGGAGGCAAGAGGCCGAUCAGAGAUGCCGUAAAAGGAAGGAGGCGGACAGGGCGCAGCGAACAGGCGCUCGCAGCGAACAGGCGCUCGCAGCAGACAGGCGCUCGCAGCGUCCAUCCUCGCCGCCUGCCCAGAUCGAAUACCACUCCGCCUCUCCGCCUCUCUCAUAAACCCCGCAUCCAUGCCCUCCCACCCCCCUCCCUCCCUCCUCAAGCCACCAUGGCCAGCCCUGGCUCACCCCUCGACGUCCUCCCGUCCGACGUCCUCGACCACAUCGCCUUCUACGUCGCCGUCGCAGAACCUACCGGCCCUCCCUGCCCUCUUCUCCCGCUCCUCACCACCUCCUCCCGCAUUCACUACCAUCUCUCCAUAGCCAACAAUCCCCACCUCUACGCCCGCAUCUUUCGUGCAAACUUCGACCAUCGCGCCCCCGCACGUCGCUUCUGCGAGGAAGCCGCAUACGCCUCCGCCCUCGCCUCCCAGCUCGUUCACUACUCUCGCGCCUUGUUCCACAUCAAGCAAGCAGAUAUCUAUUCCCCCGACCUCCUCCAUGCCUUCUACCGCCUCUUCGCUCUCUCCAUAGAGAACGACGGCCGCAACGCUCGCCUCCUCCAAUGGGCUGCCUUGCCCCAAUUCCUUCAACGCUACAUCCGACAUCGCCUCUGGGCCUACCGCGCAGACAGCAACGGCUGGCCCCUCGAGUCUCCCGAAAACUCCUUCGCCCUCUGGCUCUACUUCUUCUCCCUCGAUCAACAAACCCUGGCUCAGCAAUCCGAACAAGACCGCCAUCACUUCUUGUUCCUCUUCCGUCCCUUCGCCUUCUACAACUUCCGCUACCCUCCCUUCCUCGUCCCCGACAAUCACGUCCACCUCCCCCUCGUCGCCCAUCCCACCCUCUAUCAUGAUCACUCGGCCAUCACUCCCCAUGGCUUCUACCCCCUCUAUCGCUCCCCCGACAGUCUCAAGCACUCCUUCGAGCACUUCGGUAGGCGCAUCGCCAUCGCAGAACCUCCCAUAGGUCUCGUCGCCAAGCUCUUGUAUGUCGCACUCCACGAGCGCUACCCCAUCGUCAUCCCAGACCUCAUCCCAAGAGACCGUCACGAGGCCAACGCCCUCAAUGUCGGUGGUCCAACCAUCGCCGACUACCAAGAGUUCGCCAACCAGACCGCUGUUCAAUUCCCCGCCCCUAGCCACUCGAGUUGGCGCGACGAACCCGACGAGGAGGGCGGCAGGAUCGCCGAUACCAGACCGUGGAGGAUCGACGGCAAGGGCGAAAGCGCGCGACAUGACAACGACUGGGAGCGCUGGCGUGGCUGCCUCGAUCCCUGGGACGCGACCCGCACAAAGGGUCCCGUCUACACCCCCGGCAGUCUCAGCGGCUUUUGGACCGGCCAAUACCUAGUGCCCGACGUUGAGAACUACCACGUCGCGAUGAACAGCGCCGCGUUUAUCCCGAGACUGGAGCACCCCGCGGUCAUGGCAAGCGUCGUCCCGCUGUUCUUCAGGCUGCGCGAGCACCACUGCGUCAGUCCCGCAGUCCCCUUGCCGCACACGGAGGUGCGUGACAACGAUCCCUUAGACGAGGGCGUCAUGAACGCGUACUUUCCGCGCGGCUUCCCGGACGCCUACCUGGGUCUCCCUAGCUCGUUCUCUGAGAUCCGCCGCGACGGCGUUCUAAGGUUGAGGCAGAGGGGCAUGACGCAGGAGUACGUCUACGAGACGUACGUGGAGGGGCGGGCGAACAGCCAUGACGAAGCAACCUGCGAGAUGUGCAGGUACGAGGCCGAGGGUGGGCGGGCGGCGCGCAUGGCGGAGGAGCGCGAGAGCAACGUCCCUCCUUCUGAAGGAUCGGUCGGCGACGUCUCUGACUACGAGUCCGAGUCGGAGGCCGAGAGCCACGUCGAGCGCGUGAGGCGCGACGUGCAGAGCGCGCUGGGCGACCAGGUCGACCUCGAGGAGCUCAUUGACGACGUAUCCCGCCAGGGGGACUGCUCGGACGACAGCGCCAGCUUCUGCGACACGGCGAGCGACGGCGGCACGGAGAUCAUCAGCACUUGCUCGGGCGUGCUGGACAUCAUCGUCACCGGCGAGACCCUCCCCCACCACGCGCUCGCGUGGGGAGACUUCAGGAUAUACGGCCGUGUGCGCGCGUGGGACGGGCUCGUCGUGCUCGUCCGCGCCCCGAUCUGGAAUGGCCCGGGCCUCCCGCCGCACGAUACGUUCAUCUUUAGGGGGUACGUCGUCGCGGGCAGGAACCUCGUCGGCUCGUGGCGGCAUGUGACGGGCAACAUCCACUCGAUCCCGCUCGAGGGCCCGUUCGUGGUCAGCAAGCAAGACGCGCGGGAGGGGGCGGAGGAGGGGGCGCGGGAAGACGGGGAGACGGCGCAGGGCCCGGGCGAUGGGGGUCCUCAGGCCUAGGCCUUGCAAGACGUCGAGGGGCAGAUGGAGUUUAGGGUUGACAUGGACACGCGCGCGUGCGUGUGGUGAUCGAAGGGAGGUGUUCCGUGCGUGCGGCGAGCGCCGCGUGCGAGAAGGCCGGUGUUAUGUGCGAUUUCUGUUCGUCGCGGACUUUAUGCACCCCACGCGUCAGUCUCGUACACAUACUGCGAUGCUUUGUUAUUGCGAUUCAAGGAGACGUACUCGAUGCACCGGCGGACAUGGAUUGCAUUUAGACGAGAUGAAGGACGGGGCGAUGCGGCACCCUCGUUCUCGAUACCUUCCACUGUAUUAUUGUAUUAUUAGACGUACGCUGAUCUGGCAAUGCACGGUUCUUGAGAG